UCCAUUGGAAGCCCCUGUAUCCACAGAAGAAUGGGAAAAUAUGGACAGCCAUGGACACACUCUCCAAUUCCUCCUCCUGAUGAUCUGGAUAUAACACCUCUGAGCAAAGUGAUAUAUUCAGUCUAGCACAGUCAGCUUUUCUAGCAGAUCUUUCCCUUCAGAUUUCAUCCCAACUGCUAACUCAAUCAUCUCUGCUACUACAGAUAUUUUGAGAUUCUUCAUUCUUGAGAGCAAGAUGGUGGACCGUUUAGCCAACAGUGAGGCAAAUGCUCGACGCAUUGGCAUGGUUGAAAGUUGUUUUGGAGCAGCUGGCCAACCUCUAACUAUUCCCGGUCGAGUACUUAUAGGGGAAGGUGUUCUUACAAAGCUUUGUCGAAAGAAACCGAAAGCAAGGCAGUUUUUCUUAUUCAAUGACAUCCUUGUUUAUGGUAAUAUUGUCAUCCAAAAGAAAAAGUACAACAAACAGCAUAUAAUUCCAUUGGAGAAUGUUACAAUUGAUUCCAUCGAAGAUGAUGGUGAGUUGCGUAAUGGCUGGCUUAUUAAGACACCAACCAAAUCUUUUGCUGUUUAUGCUGCUACUGCCACUGAGAAAUCUGAAUGGAUGAAUCAUAUUAACAAGUGUGUUACUGAUUUGUUAUCAAAAAGUGGGAAAGUACCCAGUAAUGAGCACGCGGCUGUUUGGGUGCCUGAUUCAGAGGCAAAUAUAUGCAUGCGUUGUCAGAAAGUCAAAUUCACACCAGUCAGUCGUCGACAUCAUUGCCGAAAAUGUGGAUUUGUUGUCUGUGGGCCUUGUUCAGAAAAACGGUUUCUUCUUCCCAGCCAAUCCUCCAAACCAGUACGUGUCUGCUCCUUCUGCUAUGAUCUGCUCUCUACUGGCCAGCUGACUGCAACUCUGCCAAAUCGCUCUGAGUUUUACCGUGGCUCCCUCCAGUCCCCUAGAAAUUUAUCAGAUGAAGAUGAUGAUGACGACAGCAGUGAUUAAGAAGUGAAAUGUCAGCUUUGGCAUUUAAAUAAUUGGGGUAGAACUUCAAAUGAACUGCUUUUGAGAUGAAUUAACUUCACACAAAUGUCCUACGACAAUUAGCCAUAAAUUAUACCGACAAACCUUAAUACAAAACUUGUGCCUGAAUGUUGGAUAUACUAAUGGUUUGUACUCUAUUUUUUGCUGAUACACAUGUUGGCUGAAAAAUAUAAUUCUUGACUGUAAUUUUUAGUUGAUUUACUUUCUGGCUGCACAAAAAUAAAUAAAUCUCGCUGCCUUCCAUUUGUAUUAUUCUGUCUGUUUACCUAAAUAUUUUAAGUUUGAAAUUUCAUUUGAUAACUGCUCUGAAUAUUCAUGUUUGGAUGCAGCAAUUAUGAUUUAAAAGUGGGAGAAAAUAAUUAAGAUUUGGCCAGAUGAAAGUUUAGGCAUAUAUUACUGUCAAAUAUUAACAUUGGUCAGAUUUAAAAAUAAUCUUGAAGCUUUGUAAUUUGAACAAUGGCUUGUACAAAAUCAUAACUGAAUGUCUGAUCUAAACAAUGCAGACAAGCUGAAUUUAAUGUUACACGUCGAGAUGGAACGUUAAUGAAGGAAACGUUUUAUGUUUCAAACUCAUAGAACCCCUCUCCAAUCUCAUGCCAUGUUCUAAAUAUCUUGUUUAAUCUCAAAUAACAGCAUUUUAUGGAGCUCUACUGCAGGUGGUUAUAUGUUUAGUAAAUAAGCCUGAACCCUCAUCCUUUCAAAUAGUAUUGAGCUGACGAAAGAUUAUUUUGGGCAACAGUGUUUUAUUCCACACCAAAUAUUAAUUAAUAUAUUGUAGAGGCAUUUCGCUUCUGAAUUGAUGUCUUUAAUGCAAUUCAGAUAGUUCAGGUUACAUAUAAUAGGUAACUUCCCUUUCCUUUACCUGUCCCAACUUAGCUACUAAAAUGUUGCCUCUUUAGGAAAAGAGCUGAAACGGAUAUUAAUCCUUUACUUAUUCAACUCCAAAAGCAUUUUAUGGAAAGCUGUGAACUGCUGCAGUUGGUAGAAAUUUGGAAUAAAACAGCCGUUCUGGAAAUACUUAAGCAGUAUCUGUUGGGAGAAAUAUGUAGCUUUUCAAGCUGAUGACCUUUUUAUCUCUCUCUCUCUCUCUCUCUCUCUCUCUCUCUCUCUCUCUCUCUCUCUCUCUCUCUCUCUCUCUCUCUCCUCUCCUCUCCCCCCUCUCCUCUCUCUAUCUCUCUCUCUCCCUCACGUAGCAGUAUGAAUGCUCUGUUUAAAAAUUAAUCAGCUCAAUUCAAACAGUAUGGUGAUUUGCAAACUGCCAGAACAAACUGAUAUGAAUUAGUUAUAGUCAGUUGACUUGCAUGGACUUAACAUCAUUACCUCAUUAGAUCAACUGACUUGAAAGUGGAUUUGGAGAAAUUGUAAUCUAAUUGCUUUCCUUCAUGGUCAAGAACCCACCAUUUGUCAGUAUAAAUGGGCAAUAACACCUUUGCCGCCAAUUGGAAAUCUGAAUUAUAUGGUCACAUUUAUAGUACUGUGAUUUCCAGUUACUAGUAUGAUAACAAUCAUCCUAAAUCCGUUUGGCUGAGGAAUUUCCAUUCCAAUGUUUAUAGUAAAGUUGAUGUAGGACUAAGUACCAUGUUAUGUAUUACUUUCAGUGGUGUAAUUAAAUUUGGUAAGACUUUUUAAGUGAGGCACUCGAGUAUUCAGUUAAUGAAAUGCUUAUUUAGUUGGAUUAAAUUAGUUCUUUUGAAAGCCUCAUGGGUUGUUCUUAAAACAUUGAGCUAUAAGGUCAUUAACUGAAACCUGGCAUUCACGUUUGUUUUAAUUGUCUGGAAGCAGUGAAUAAAUUUAACCAGCUGAGUAUCUUUAACAAAUGCAAGCACGUGAGCAAGUUGGCAGGGAGGCUGAAGGAGACAGAGGUGAACGGGAAUUGAGAAAUCCUUAGACCAUGUAGUGCCUUGACAAGUGUGUUACAAGGAAACCAACCCUUUGUACACUGGUAAAGUUUUACAGUUUUAUUGCCACCUAGAUAAAUGUAAUUUGUCUGGUAACAGAGGCAUAAUCCUGAUCAUAGUCCAAAACUAUCCAUCUUUUGCUUUCCCUUUUGUAAAGUUGAUUUGACCAGCAUAUUUUAAAAAGCUAAAUUUGAAAAUAGCUUAAUAGUUACAUCCUGCACAUAGACAGUCUUGCAAGUUUGUGGUGAAUGUGUGCUGUAGAGAUUGUCCUUUUGGCUUAUGCGUUUUUAAUACCAUCGGUAUGCAGCAGCUAUCUUCAUGAUGUGAAGUAUUUGUAAGAGCAAACAUCAACAGAGGCAGUAUUCCAUUAUUUUCUAAAUGCCAAUUCUAGAGAAUAAAUUUAGUCUUUCAAAGGUGCUUUGAUGUCCAAUGCCAGGAAACAGUAAUUAUCAACUCUGAUAGUGUGGUUCACUUUGUGGUAAUAUCAAAGAUGUAGCAGCAAAUCACAUUAGAUUUUAUCUCAUCUUUAUAGCCACAGCUUUAACCAUACUCAGUUGCUGUCUCUUACAUUGACCCACUGAAAAACCACUUUGAAUGGACAGUGUUGUUUCCAUUUGCUGGAACAACUGGUAUUUUAUUUUUCUCAAUUCUCAGUUUAACCAGCUAUAACACGUAACAAAAUUCAAAUUUUGAUUGUAACAUCUUUGGAGGAACCUGAGCUCUGCUAAUUUUGAUAAGAAUGACUUUACUUCCUUAGGUUCCUUUUGUCUUGUGUUUUAGUAGCGUAUAUUUUCUCCUUGGCUGGUUAAUUAGUAAUGUGGAGUAGCAUGAAAUAUAACUAUUUUAAUACUUAACUGCACUGUUUAACUUGUUUUUCAUUUGUAAUCCCUAUAUUUAUUCAGCAAUGGUGUAGUUUUCUUGAAGUACCAAAGUACCUAAAAUACUCUCUUCUCCAGUUUGACACCCAAGUAAAUGAGUUCCACUGAGUUCCAUUUGGCUGAUUCUCCAAAUUUUUUGUCUGUAAUUGAGCUUGUGAAUGUCUGACAUUGUGCUCGUAUGCAGUGAUGUAGUGAACAGUGUAUACAUAUCAGUGUGAAGGUUUUUGUUCAACAGAUUUAGUCACAGGAUCAAUAAUCUAAAGUCAAUUGAGAUCACCCCUCACUCCUGACUUGAAUUAAGAAUUGCAUUUAGUAUACACAACUUUUAUUAAGCUCCCGCUCUGAUUUUACUGAGUUUUUUUGACUUCAAAGUUGCUAAUCAGUUACUUUGUGGAAUAGAAUUUUCAUAGAGCUGUGCGUUGAGUCCUUUUGAUUAUUAAAUAUCAUGACUGCACGAGAUUACUGAGCUGGCUGACGUUUUUUGAAGAUUGUAUUGAUUUUGAAUCCUGAGAAACAACUUUUCUCAACUCCAUUUUCUGUUGCUUAUCAGCUGAAUACGUGGAGUGUCAAUAGAAAAUCUGUGGUGCAGUUUUCUGUACCCCUCCUUGUGCAUUCAGCUGUUAAAGCAGAGAGAAGGAAAGAAAGCUUGCACCCAAGAGAAACUAAGUUUUUUUAAUUUUCUGUAUACCAGAUCCAUUUCAUGAGGUAACCUAGGAAGUCAUGUUACUUCCAGUUAUGUGAAACAGUAGGAUGACUAAAACCACAAUUUGAAAAUCUAAUCUUUCCAAACAUACACUCGAGAAAGAUCAGUGUACAAAGGGUACAUAAAUUUAAGGAAGAUUUUCAAAAUGAGUUAGACUUAGCCUUCAGCUUGCAUCCUACAGAUAUCCUAUAAUAUAAAGGAAUGGCUUUAUUUUAAACUUGCAGUUCUUUUGUUAAGGUGUACCAUUUUUCUAUGAUGUAUGUUUUUCAAAAUUGGCACUUUAUUUUGCUAAGUAUGUUGCUUCAAUGAGAAUUUUACAAAAGUUAUAAAUAUGAUAUUAUCUUUUCCAUUCAAGCUUUUUCUUGCAAAUCUAGAAGCUUGCACUAUCCUGCACUGAGUUUGAUAGUGAAAUAUCUGAAUUCAGCACAGUUAAAUGUUUUAUUUUCUGCAGUUAAUGAUUAAAGUAUUCAUGCAAGCUGCUUUUGUAUAUGUUGAUGUAGAAUUCCUUCAGUUAUUCAUCUUUAAGGUGUGAGAUGUAGAUUUUUGUUUUGGUGUUGACUGUUAAUGCGUAAGCUUAACUUUUUGAAAGGGCUUAGUACUCUGUAUAGAUACGUUGUGUAACAAAAUAUAUUGCAUUACUUAAAAUACUUUUAGUGGAUAUCUGACACUAAUAUCAAGUUAUGAAGUGAUUUAGGGCAGACUGUGUAAUGAAAUACAACUAAAAUUGUCUUUAAAAAUAAACUCUUUUUAACUGUUUCUAGUUGUUUAGAUCUUGAUGCACAUUUUGUCUGAGAUCUCAGUUUAUCAAGAUGCACAGUUGUGUUCCUGUGACAAGCUGAUUUCCUUGUCAGGCCAAUUGCUAUUCAACAGGGAAAGUGGUACCUGCACCAAAUGUGCAUAAAUUGCCAGUUCACAUUUUGUGUAACAUUUUUGGGAGACAAGUGAAAAAUUUCUUCAUUAUGGUUUGUCUAAAAAAAACUUUAUCCCAUAUUAUUAUGGGGACAGAAAAUGUUUGUGUUUAUAAACUUGUCAUUUGAAGCAAGCUAAUCACUCCACUGUCCACUGGACUUUAAUCUUCAUCGUACUGUUGGUGUAAAGCAGUCAAAACAUUUGUCACUUUAAUCCUCAGGAACACAACCGUUUGGAUUUCAUUAGGAUGUAUCCAUCAUGUGUGCACUCUGUGCAAAACUGGAAAUUAUUAUUUCAAAUGGUAAAAUUUAGAUAUAGCUUUAAAACAAUUGUCAAGUCCCUAUAAUUUGCAUGUGUAUGUUCAGGCUAAUAGUUAUCAACACUUGUGGACACAAGUGAAUGAAAAGUGCUGGAAAUACUCAGCAGGUCAGGGAAUACUUGUGGAUCAAUGUGCAAAAUUUAUUCUGCUUCUCUGACAGCAAGAAUGGCAUUUCAAUAAAAGCCCUGCUAAAAAUGCAUAUCAAGUUAACCUUUCCAUUCAUGUUGUUCUUCAUUAUUUAAAGACUUUUUGUAGUUAAAAGCCCAAAGGAUUUAGUGAUGCUGCAUCUUCUGCGUAUUCCUAACGGUUUUUGUUAUACUUCAUGUUUCUGAUAUUUGUAUAGGGCCUUUAACAGAAAAUGCUGUUACUACUUUUGAGAGAACACAGCAUUACAUUGCUCUGUUUAGUAUGAAUUAUUCAUACAUUUUUGUACUGAUUUUGAAGACAAAUCUGAAAUCAUUAAGUAGGUAAAUUUAGAGUGACUGGAGUUUUAGAUAUAAGCAUUUCAAAUACAUGAUUGGGCUGGAAAUAAGCUGCAAUUCUGAAGUGUGAAUCUCUUGAUAUAAACCUAAGUUAUUACUGAUAUUUGUAAACUUAUUAAAUUUUUUCUUCCUUGUUUUUACAA